AGGCCCUUUAAAGCGUCCCGGGCUAGGGCCAGGCACUGCGAGCCUGGCGGCGGGGAGAAUUGCGCGCCGAGCUCCAGGAGGAGCGCAAGGAGCCCAGGGCCCAGGACUGCCCUUCCCAGGCUGGAGCCAGGCUCCCCGAGGCCUCCAGCGCCCCGGGGCGGCGCAUCCCGGCUCAUCCCUGCUCGACCCCAGAGGCCCGACCAUGCGCCCAGGCUAGUGCGCCCGGGGCGCAGCGCCCACCGGGGCUGCCCCGCCGCCCUCCCCUGCCGCCGGCAUGCUGCGCCCGCUGCUGCUCGCCGCGCUCUGCCUGGCCGGCCGGCUCGCGCCUGCCGGCGGCUGCCAGCUGCCUUCUGAGUGGAGACCCCUGAGCGAGGGCUGCCGGGCCGAGCUCGCCGAGAUCAUCGUGUACGCCAAGGUGCUGGCGCUGCACCAGGAGGUGCAUGGCCUCUACAACUACCUGCCCUGGCAGUACGAGGCCGGCGAGGCGGGGCUCUUCUACUCCGCUGAGAUCGAGAUGCUGUGCGAUCAGGCGUGGGGCAGCAUGCUCGAGGUCCCCGCCGGCUCCAGGCUCAACCUCACGGGCCUGGGCUACUUCUCGUGUCACUCUCACACCGUGGUCCAGGAUUACUCCUACUUCUUCUUCCUCAGGAUGGAUGAAAAUUAUAACCUCUUGCCUCAUGGAGUCAAUUUCCAAGAUGCCAUCUUUCCAGACACUCAAGAGAACAGAAGGAUGUUUUCCAGCCUUUUCCAGUUUUCAAACUGUUCCCAUGGUCAGCAACUGGUAACUUUCUCCAGUGACUGGGACAUCCAAGAAGACAACAGGCUCAUGUGCUCCUCGGUGCAGAAGGCCCUGUUUGAGGAGGAGGACCACGUCAAGAAGCUGCAGCAGAAGGUGGCCACACUUGAGAAGCGGAACAGGCAGCUCCGCGACCGCGUGAAGAAGGUCAAAAGGUCCCUGCGGCAGGCGCGGAAAAAUGGCCGCCACUUGGAACUGGUGAACCAGAAGCUCAGUGAGAAGCUGGCGGCCACAGCAGGAGCCAUCCCGCACAUCAAUGCCCUAGGGAGGGAGCCCGCAGGCAGCACCUACCUGCGGGGGUAGCAGUGACCCCAGGGUGCACCACCCAGCACCCCCCGGGGCAUGUUGCCUCUCGCUUGGGAAGGGCAAGCGAUGGUGGUGUUGGGUAUGCCCAUAGUUCACAUAGGAAACAUCGAAGAUAUGUUUCCUAUGCAUUUGGUAGUGUCUGGCUGGUUUGAAGGGUGAGCCCUGCUGCCCCACCUGGCCUGGUCCAGACAACACUUGGAGCCCAGAGGCAGCAGCAUCCUGGAGGGUCUGUCUUCAGGUUCCACGGUGGCCUGCAAAGUGCAGAUUGGGGAAAGAACAUCUUACACUCUCUAGAUAUAAGAUGUCAAGGGGCUUGGCUUUUAUCUCAAAAGGGAGGCAGUGUGGCCUCAGCUCUGUGCUCUGGAACAACUACUAGUUUUGAGGAGUGAUCUGAAUCAAGUCAUGGGUGUCUCAUUUUCCAGAUCUUUGGAAGGAGGAUGGUGGCCUUACAAAGCACCCAAGGAUGCCUCCCAGUAAAUAUGUGUAGGGUCUCCCUACUCCAGCCAUUAUUUCCUCACAGCUGAGGCAUAUUAGGACUUAAUGAGCUCAUCACAGGUAAGAAAAUUGAGUUGGACGGCAGGUCACUCAAAAGAUACCCGAUUACCAGCACCAACUCCCCAGAGCUGAACCUGAAUGGGUCACUGUAAUCGAGCGGGGCAUGGCCUUUAUGGACCCGUCCUAUUUCAUCACACCACGUUCCUAAGUUGGAAAACCCUGAGCAACAGCUCAGCCAUUGCUAAAUUCUGCCUUCUUAUUUUCCAAGUCAUUUCUUCCAGUUUUUCUGAAUUCAAGGUGAGCUGCCCCAGUAUGCUGUGGACUUCUGUCCUUUAAAGACACCUCCUUACCUAUUGGAAUCAGGCUCCCAAGCAGCUUGUUCCAGCUGUUCCACUCUCUGCUGCUUUAUGGAAAUGCUUUCCACCCGCCAGGACUGACCUUGCCUGGAUUAAUGUUUGCACACCCUCCCACAUGUCAGGAGUGCACCUGUAUGCAAGCUAAACAUUUCCUCCUCUUUGGAAAGAAACCUUUAAAGACAGCACUGCAAGUAGAGAGUAGAGUGUUCACUAUAGCUGACACUUGAGCUCUUGACUUAGGCAUAUUGGAUCAAGUCCCAGUUGUGUUAUCAAGUCAGUUGAAUGUCCAUCUCUUGGUUAUCUUCUGCUGAUGGAACUGAGCUUUCCUCCCUUGCUAUUCCUCACUGAAGCUUCUGGACCCUCACUGGAGGCCCAUAGACCACCAAGACACUACAGGGCCUGUGUAUGCCACCUUCUCCAUUGGAAAUGGCAGAUUUCCAUUCCACUGGCAGCCAGUAUGGAGGCUGGACCUUGUGUCGCUUCCAUCUCAGUGGCCUCAGGCGAGAACUCUGGCCUGGACUGGAUGGCAUUGGAACGUUUUGCUCAAGAGCACUUCAUUCUCCCACUUCUGCCACCACUUUAUUAGCUGUAUGCUUCUUAGUGGGGUACAGUAGAAAGUGCCUCUUCUAGAUUAUUGUCCCUGAGGACAUUUCCUUAGAGCAGUUUUGCUUCCACCCAAGGGAAUGACAAGCCUAAGGGUGAUUUACAGCCAAUGUUUGAAGAACUGUGGAAGCUGGGUCUCUACAGGUGCCUUACGUUCUGUCUUUUCAAUAAAUAUGAGCAAUAUUUCAGCCACAACAGUAAAGUGAUGUGUUUCUCUGGGGUCAGGGGGAUUUCAAGAUUUCCAGCUUUGCCCUGGAAAGGCAGUUUAGAUCCAUUGGGGGACGUGUGUGUGGGCAACACCUGGGGCAUUGAGGACACUGAGCUCAAGGCUCCCUCUGUUUCCCACUGGAAGUGGCCUAACUCUGUCUCUCCCAGGGUUCUCAUCUCUCAAGGUGCCUGCAGAAAAGCAGUCACCCUGGUCUGCUCCCAAGGGGCAAGCAGCUUCAUUAAUCAAUGUCUUCAAAUGUACACUCAAAUCUGUGGCCAAAGGGAACGCUUCAUGUCCCAAUUAUUUGCUGUGCUAUCAUCUUGCUGUAGCCCUUGCCACCUGCUUAUUGUACUAGUGGGAAUUUUUUAUGCAGGAAAACUCCCAUUAUAAGUACUCACCGGAACUUGACACACAUUAGACAACCUAUAUAAGCACUAUUUCUGAGAUGCAGGCCACUGUUUAGUUCCACUUUGUGCUUCGAGGAGGCCAAGUGACUUAGCCAAAGUCACAUAAUAAGCAAGAGGCAGAUACAAUCUAGAAUCUUUCAAUACAGUCCCCAGGAGUCACAAGCUGCUAGCAGGAGGGCCACACCCAGGGUAGGGAAGAGGUUUCUUGGUGACUUCAGUUUGGGCCGCCAUGUCUAUUGCAAGAGCUCCCUAUGUUUUAUUUUUUAACACCAGGAUGUGUCAUGUGUUUAUGGUACCA